UAGCAUUUCCAUCCUUGUCCACCACAUAAAGCAUAAAUGAAGCCAUAAUAAUUGACCGCAUAACUUCCGGGGUCAAACUCGACUUUAAUAUCUAUAGACUACAUGACAUGCAAGAGAUGGCUAGAAUCACUGCUUCUGAGUUGGAGCAGUUCAUAGUCGCUACAGUUGAGUUGACUGGACGUGCACUAGGAGCAGGUACUUAUGGCAGUGUAGAAGAGGUAGAGAUACCUGGAGCAACGGUAGCUGCCAAGAAAUUACACCAACAGCUUGUCAACCUGGGCUCUCCACAGCAGAUUGAGAAAUGGGUGACUGAUUUUGUGGAGGAGUGUAGGCUGAUGAGCCAGCUCCGUCACCCUCACAUAGUACAGUUCCUGGGGGUGUGCUAUCUCCCUGGAGCCCAACUCCCCGUUUUACUGAUGGAGAAGCUACAAACCAGCCUCGAAAAUCUUCUGGAAACCAGCCCCAGAAUUCCUAUUGACCUCAAAGUGCACCUUCUGACGGGGACUGGCCGAGGGGUGGUCUAUCUGCACAGCCGCACUCCACCCAUUUCCCAUUGCAAUCUGACAGCCAGAAACAUUCUAGUCGAUAAUGGUCUCAAUGCCAAGGUAGCAGAUUUGGGUGUUUCUAGGAUUGUGAACAUUCAACCUAGCCGGCUAGCUGCCUGCGCCUCAAUGCCAGGCACUGGUGUGUACAUGCCACCAGAGGCAGCUCAAGAGGAAGGCGUCACACGAUACAACACUGCCAUAGACAUUUUUUCUUUUGGUGUAGUAUCUCUGUUCACACUGACACAAACCUUCCCCAAAGAUCUCAAACCUGCUGCAUAUUAUGAUCCAGUUACUCAAAGGGUCUUAGGACAAACGAAAAUUGAACGUCAUAAAGAUUACAUGGUUCCAAUGAAAACAGCUCUUGGUGAGACCCACCCCCUAGUCCAGUUGACCCUCGAUUGUCUUGAGUUCCUUCCUGAAGAUCGACCACCUGCUGUGAUGGUGUUGAGACGAUUAGAGGAGGUUGGAACAACACUUUCUCAGAACUGCACCCAGACCAAGCUGGAACUGAUUCAACAGGUUGCUGGGAAGGAAGAAGAGGUACAGCGAGUUGCCGCAGAUGCUGAAAGAGUAAAACAAGGCGCAAAUAAAGUACUGCACUUGGAGGAAAUGAAACAAAAGCAUGUUGAAAUCAAUCAACUUCAGAAAGAAUUUUCAAGUCAAGUAAAUCAGUUACAAGGAAGUAUCGAUCGUCUUCAAGCUGAGAAACGAGCCCAGAUAAAUGCACUUCAAGCAACUGUUGAUGAGAAACAAGAUCAAGUUUGUGGACUGGAAGAACUGACCACUCUCCAACAAGAGCAGUUGGAAGUUCAACGCAGAGAAAUUGAUCGUCUCUUCAGUUCAGUGAGGUCUCUACAGAUACAGCAGGGCUCAGGGCAGGAAACCACAAAGAAAACCACAAAAGCAAUCAAGAGUAUUGAUUCGAGCACUGGAAACGAAUUACUACCACACAAAUCGACCACACCACAACCAACUGUUCCUACUGCCAUCACCUUCAACUGGACAAGAUGCAAGGACAUACCACGGAAGAUGGAUGUGAUGGGUCAGCCUGUGGCUAUCAAUGGGAAGCUGUACAUGAGGGGCAGGAGUAAUUUUGCUGAGACUGUACAUGAAUUAGGAGAUCUCAAAUCUUUAUUGGCCAGCAACAGUAUGGUUCAAGUUCUGGCAGCUGAAGAAACAUCAUCGGAUGAUGAAAUAUGCUCUAGUGUGACGGACGCCCACGCCCACAGACCUAGUAGGGCACUCUUUGAUGCCGCCAAAAGGGGGAACAUUGCUGAGGUUGAGAAGCUCCACAGUAAGGGAGCCAAACUGACGGCGACUGAUAUUAAUGGUUGGACUCCCCUACAUCAUGCCGCCCGACUACAAAAGAAAGAAGUGGUCCAGUACAUUGUGAAUAAUGUGAGCAAAACCACUCUAGACAUUGCAGAAGACGAAAGAGUCCAAACUGCCCUUCAUAAAGCGGCCUGGUUUGGGUAUGUGGACAUCUGCAAGAUUCUAGUGGAGGCAGGGGCCUCUCUCGACCAACAGGAUUAUAAAGGUAACACUCCCUACGACAAGGCCGUGCAGAGUGGAGACACAGAGUUGAGGAUGUACCUAAAACCCCUAUCUAUGCUCAAACAUCAAGGUGAGCUUCCACCCCCUUCAGUGAGUGGAUUCACAAUAGCAACACUGAGAAGUCAACUGCUAGUGGUCGGAGGUCGGGACAAGUCUACUAAGGAGAACACGAAUACUAUCCUAACAUUCGAUGAGAGCUCUCGACAAUGGGUCCAGUCGUUUCCCCCCAUGCCAAAAGCAAUAACUUUGCCAAAAGUUGUUGGCUAUCGGAACCAUCUGAUCGUUAUCGGUGGAUAUGACUCAAACAGCACUAGGAUAGCUGAUGUGAGCAUUCUAAACACAGGUAACAAAUGGAUCACAGUCAAACCACUUCCCAGCACUGAUGACUACAGCACUUGCCUAAUUGGAGACACACUGUAUCUUGUAGGUCAAUCCACUAAAGAAGUGUUUCGAGCUCAUGUACCCUCCCUCAUGUCACGAGCCAGUUCUGGUGUGUGGGAGUCUGUCGCAAGUGUUCCUUUCUAUUGGUCGUCUCUCAUCGCCAUCGGCAACACCGUCCUAACUGUGGGAGGUAAGGAUAGUAAAGAGCUACGAGGUAUGGCUAUCUCAAGCAUCCACCUGUACAAUCCCAUCAAAGACCAGUGGACACAAUGUGGUAACCUUCCCGAGAAAAUGAAGUGUCGCUAUUGCAUUGAACUAUCUGGUAAACUGUGUGUACUUGGUGGUAGUUCUUUGUACACAUCAAUUUAUAUCACAUCCAUUACACACUAGUACGUAGUUUGUAUAACUUUAUUGUAAUUAUUUAUUAUUAUCACAAAAUAAUGUACAUUUGAUCUGAA